AUGUCCUUACCUUCAUCAUGGAGGCAAUUUCAAUUAUUUGAUGUUACGCCAAUAAAGGAUCCCAAUUAUGGUAGUGAAAAUCCAUUAUAUUCUGAUCAUUCUUUAUCAGCUAUCACUUCCACAGCAUCUUAUUUAGUCAUUGCCACUAAGAAUUCAUUCAUAAAAUUAAUCUCUAAGGAGUUUUCUUUGUUAAAAACAUUUAUUGCAUAUGAUCUUGAUUACAGGAUUGGGUACAUAAAAGCGUUACCAGGUUCCAAUUUACUUGUGACUUUAGCUGAGAGACAAGGAUCGCCGUCUAUAUUAAAGUUAUGGGACUUAAACAAACUUCUUCAGUUACCUGACGAAAAUAGCGAUGAAGAUGAAUCGCUAAAGCAUAAAUAUCAGACACAAGUGAAUAUCCAUAACGGAGAUAAUUCGUUUCCCAUAAGUUGUUUCCAAUUCAAUGACGACUUAACCUGUGUGGCGAUAGGAUAUACUAACGGUAAAGUGAUUCUCAUCCGAGGAGAUUUGAUACGUGAUAGAGGCUCUAAACAAAGACUAAUUUAUGAGACUAAUGAUCCGAUUACUGGGAUACAAUUCAAUAAAUAUCAAGACGUAUUGUACAUUACUACCACUUCCAAGAUUUUGACAGUGCUAACUACAGGACGAAAUCAUGGAAAACCAAAUAGAUUACUUUCCAAACGGACUGGGGUUGAUUUAAAUUGUUCUGAUAUAGAUGUCAAGUCACAACAAUUGAUUGUGGGUACAAAAGAUUCAAUAAGAUAUUAUAGCCAUUUGAACAAAAGUCAUACUUUGGCAUUUGAAAUACCAAAGAAAAGCAUAUUUAAGUACAAAAAAAAUUAUUUGCUAAUUGUUUCGCCAAUAGAAGAACAAACUAAGAAUAAUACGUCGGAUGUAAGCAGCAAAGCAAUUACUAGAAUUUUGAUAAUAGAUUUAUACAACAAGCAUAUAUUCUUCAGUCUUACCAUUCCAAAUAAUACAAUUGACUAUAUUUUUACAAUGUGGGAUGACCUUUAUAUGCUAAGCAAUGAUGGAGUUUUGUAUAAGUUACAUGAAAGACCUAUCAACCAACAGAUAGAAUUGAUUCUCCAACGAUCUUUGUUCAACAUUGCGUAUGAUUUGGCAACCCAAGCAAAUUUAUCUAAUGAUAUGUUACUUAAAAUUCAAUUAUUAUAUGGUGACCAUUUAUAUGAUAAGUCAGAGUUUGAAGAAUCGAUUGAUGCUUACAUUAAAUGUUUAACACUUUACGAAAAAAAUGACUCGCUGGAUGCGAAUAAGGGUGAUGAUAAUAUAGACGACUUCAUCAUGACUGUUAUAACAAAAUUUAAGGAUGUAUCAAAUAUUAAUAACUUGAUUAAGUUCUUAUAUAAACUAUAUGAAUUGAAACUAGCUAAUAACGAUCACCUUACCUUAUUAUUGUGUUGCUAUUGUAAAAUGAAAAUGAUAACAGACCUUGAUAAUUUUAUUAAUGAACUUGAUUUAACUGAGAAUACCUCUAAUAAAGAAGAUCUGUCAAAAGUAAACUUGCAAGAACUCAACUUUCAACUUAUCAUAAACUUAUUUAAAGAGUGUGGAUACUUUACACAAGCAAUUGAAUUAUUACAUAAACUUAACCAGCCAAGUCAUAUAGUUGGAAUACAACUAAAUGAUAUGCACCAACCAAAGCAAUGUUUGGACUACAUGAAAAGUUUAGCAAUUGAUGAAUUAUUGUUAAUCCUAAUUGAUCACUCUAAAUCUUUAUUAGAUAGUUUACCUAUUGAAACUACUGAGUUGUUGAUUAAUGUUUUUACUGGUAAAUAUAUUCCUCGGGAACAACCAGAUGGGCCAGUUAACUUAAAGACUAGGGUCCUGGAUACGACAAAUAUCAAUAGUGACGAAGUCGCAUUCCCAUUAAACAGUUAUAAAGCAUUCCUUGCCUAUAUAGCAGGCUCCUCUUCCGAUAAGGCAGAUUCAGAAGAAUCGAGUGUUGCAACUAAUCCCCACUCAGAACCGACAUAUUUACCUCCGAAGCCUAGUUUGAUUUUCCCUUCUUACAUCAAUAACCCAAACGAGUUUGUCAUAUUCUUGGAAGCAUGCAUUGAAACAUUUGAAAAAUAUCAAGGUAAUAUUAAUGAUAAGAAAGAUCUAUUAAUUACUCUAUUGGAAAUGUAUCUUUCAUUAUCCAAGUCGAAUAGUGAGAAAAACUCGUGGCUCUCCAAAGCGAAGGAAUUAGUUAGAACGUAUUCAUCUUUAUUGAAUAAAUCUUCGCUAUUACUUAUAUCUCACAUAUAUGAUUUUAAAGAAGGUGAAAUUGCUGCAAAGCAGCAAUCUGGUUUCGAGGAAAGUUUAUUUAGAACUUCACAAUCUUCAGGUGACGUUGAGGGUUGUUUCGAGAUUGUGCGUAAGUAUGGAGAAAGUAAACCUGAGUUAUAUAAGCAAACCUUAAAAUUUGUUGUUUCAAAAAAAGAGGUAUUUGACAAAGUUGAUGCAAAGGACAUCCAGUUCAUUCUAAGCCGCAUAAAAGCCUUAAAGCUAGCUACUCCUUUGGAAGUGAUACAAAUUUUAAGUGUUACUGAAUUUGCAACGAUAGGAUUAAUUAAGGAUUACUUGAUCGAGUAUAUUGAUACUCAAAAACAAGAAAUUUCGAAUAAUGUUAAAUUAAUUCAAUCAUACGAGAAAGAAUCGACUAAAAAUACCCACAAACUAACGGAGUUGACCUCCAAGCCGUUUGUUAUUCAAAACAACAAAUGCUCUUCUUGUAAGAUGAAGUUAGAUUUUCCAAUUGUUCAUUUUAAGUGCAAGCAUUCGUAUCAUCAACGCUGUUUAGAUGAAAACAAAUUCAUUUCUUCUACCGCAGAUUUGGACGGUCUUGAUGUCACUACACGUUGUUGUCCAUUAUGUAUCAAUGAUCUUGAACUGGCACAUUCGGCUAGGGCUGAUCAAUUACGGACUAAAGACGACAUUGAAUUAUUUGAGCAAACCUUGAAUGAAGCACCUGACCGUUUUAAAGUCAUCACGAACUACUUGGGUAAGGGUGUAAUGGAAAACGGCCCGACCACCUUGUUGGAAACAGAAUAA